CCAAGGCUACUUCAAGUUGUCAGUCAUACGUUUCUGAAGCCAGCCGCCAGUGUUCGAUUUCAACCAGCCCGGCACGGGACCUUCCGCCCUGUUUCCAAAGAGUGAGACACGCGAGGGGAAAUGUUUAGAACAUCUCGGGCCUCUGUUGAUCCUGUCGGCUGGGAUAGACAGACAGGGCUCGGAGGCGUAGCUCAAGCUCGGAUUGUACUGGAGGAGCAAAUAGAAGAUCAUCUUAAGCGCAUAGUACUGGUGAUAAAGCGUGAACUCAAUACGCUUACCCCCAUCAGACGUCUACCUACCGAGCUCCUUGUCGACAUCUUCAUGAGGCGGCUCUCGGGCGAAAAGGCAGCAAGACACAAAGCGUGCAUACAUCGCGACUAUGUCCCACUCAGAUGCGGGGAUGCAAGGAUAUCGAUUUUGCAUGUAUGCCACCAGUGUCGAGCUAUCUGCCUGGGUGCCCCGCGUCUCUGGCGCGAUGUCAUGACCAACUUUUCAGAGGAGUGGAUGCGAGAAGUCUUAUCUAGAUCUGGUAAUAUCCCGUUGGCGGUCCUCACCUAUGGACAAGAUUUGGCCCGCUGGAGUAAGACCGUCCAACUCGCACUCAACGAGCUUCCACGGACAGGAUCACUGACGUUCUUCCGCUCAGAUUUUGAAUACCGCAUGCUGACUUCCACUGCCCCUGUCCUCGAGUCCCUCACUUUCUAUCAGACUGAAUACGAUCUUCCCCGCAAUUUGGACUUAUCCCGCCUGGCUCGUCUGAACCUUUAUCGAUGUAAAUUCGCCUGGGAGCACCCCAUUCUCGCGUCGAGCUUGGUACAUCUGGACAUCCGCUGUAAUGCCCCCUACCUGCUACAUCCACACCCUUCUCAACAUGCCAUUAUUACAGUCCCUUCGCCUCCAGGAUGCGCUUCCUCUUCCUCCUGCUCCGUUAGCACCCCUCAGCUUGAGCCAACGCGUUACGCUUCCCGAGCUGCGCCGGUUGACGUUAGGAGAUACUGCGGCAGUGGUUGCAUCCUUCCUCUACCACAUCUCGUUCCCCUCCGAGUGCUCUUGCUCAAGGCAGUCCGCAUGCGGAUUAUUCACGAGGAUCCGAAGUGUCAGAUUGACAUGGAGGGGCUGUCAGCGUUUGGUGUAAUGCUCGCCGAGCGAGAGGAGAAAGGCCACUUGCUGGAGCGGCUAAUCCUCAAUGAGUGUUUCAACCUGACAGAGAAGGAUGUUCGAGAACUCCAAGAUGUCGUGAGCAGUAUUAGUGUAGAAUGGGAUGGAUGCUGCAACGAUGACUCCUCCAUGUAGAAUAAUAUUCACCUUCACCUUUCUCGAUUGAUACUCUGCAAAUUCACUCGGAGGAGCAAACCAGGCAAAGUCUUGC